GGACAUCGCCGUGCGGAACGUCCUGGUGGCCUCCCCGGAAUGCGUCAAGCUGGGAGACUUCGGCCUCUCCCGCUACAUCGAGGACGAGGAGUACUACAAAGCUUCCGUCAGCCGCCUUCCCAUCAAGUGGAUGGCGCCGGAAUCCAUCAACUUCCGACGCUUCACCACCGCCAGCGACGUCUGGAUGUUCGGUGCGUGCUGGGAUCCCGGGGUGGGCCGGGAUCCGGGAUCGGGAGCAUUCCCAUGGGCCGGGAUCCGAGAUUGA